ACAGUACCCGAAGGCAGCGGAACCACUUUAGCUAACACAGAUGAUUCUUUCGCAAGCGCAGCAACAUUAACGGUUCACAUCAACGGAGAGUGACAACUGAUGAGAAGCCUGCUGUCAAAGUAACUAUAACGGAUCGGCAAGCCAUUUCAAGAAAAUGAUUUCAGAGUUGUCCAACCCCUCAGUGUGUAUGAGGGACCCUCAGAAGGUACAGGAGAUCCUGCAGUCCAUGGUGAAGGCUGGCUCCAACACCGUACAGGUGAUCUCAGAUUUUGACAUGACCCUAACAAGAUUUGCAUACAAUGGCAAAAGGUGUCCUACCUGUCACAAUAUUCUCGACGACAGCAAACUUAUCUCCAGUGACUGCAGAGAUAAGCUGAAGGAGCUGCUCAACACAUACUACCCUAUAGAGAUCGACUCUUCACGAUCAGUAGAGGAAAAGUUGCCCCUUAUGGUGGAGUGGUGGACUAAAGCCCAUGAACUACUGGUACAGCAGGAGAUUCAGAAAGACCUGCUGGCCAUGGUGGUGCAGGAGUCUGAUGCCAUGCUGAGGGAGGGCUACCAGCUCUUCUUUGACCACCUGUAUGAGCACAGCAUCCCUCUGCUAAUCUUCUCUGCUGGAAUAGGAGACAUCCUAGAAGAGGUUAUUCGCCAGGCCGGUGUCUUCCACCCCAACAUCAAAGUUUUCUCCAACUACAUGGACUUUGAUGAGUCUGGAGUGUUGAGGGCUUUCAAGGGAGAGCUGAUCCACAUCUACAAUAAAAGGGAAGGUGCGCUGCUCAACACCGGCCAUUUCCAGGAGCUGCGGACGAGGCCUAACGUGCUACUGCUGGGAGACUCUCUGGGAGAUCUGACUAUGGCUGACGGGGUGCAGGACAUGGAAAACAUCCUCAAGAUUGGGUUCCUCAAUGACAAGGUGGAGGAGAGGAAGCAGUCUUACUUGGACUCAUAUGACAUUGUGUUGGUAAAAGAUGAGACAUUGGAAGUCCCUAAUGCUAUACUGCUCUACCUCACUGGCAAUAAGUGAACUGAGAAUUUUUUUUUUUUUUUUUUUACCAAUGGCCAUUUGGUAUUGGACACUCCAGUGCCAUCAGGAGACAGUUGAAGGCUUAUUCAUAACCAACUACGAAUGUCAUUAUUUUACGAAACUAACACGAGUCCAAUUGACAGCUGCAGCUCAGGCACACGACAUCACCCUUUUAUAUCUUUGUCCAUUGGUCUUCCUCUCAUGUUUAUGGUUAAAUGUCUUUUGGACCAUACUGUAUGUGAUGGAAGCCAGAUUUGCUCUGUCUACCUACUGUGCAGCAUGUAAAGUGUGUGUGGGUGGGUGUCUUUUAAAUUUAUUUGUUUGGGGUAAGAAUUGUGUUGUCAGACAGUUUUGGCCUUCAUAUAGGAUGUAAUGAUAAAGGGAAAGGAAAACGCACCACAUAAAUGGCAGCACUUGACACGGCAUUCAGUUUGAAACUGAUUUCCAGCCUCUUACAAUAAACCUCCUUUCCAGCCAAUUUCAUCCUGAAACCUGACGUUUUUUAAAAAUGUUAAACUUUUUAUUUCAGUGUCAAGUCUUCAGGUUUCUGGCCAUGUUGUCAAGCAUGUUUUUUUUUUUAAGGAAACUAUAUGUUUUCCUUAUGUAACACCUCAGUGAUACUACAAACAUGUAGCUCUUAAAGUAUGGCAGAGGUCACUGAGAGGUCAAAUGAUGUGUAAGAACUAACAGCUACCUCAGAAGUGUUAGGGUAUUAAAAAGAAAAAUUAAAUAGAUUUGUUAGUAUUUAUGAUUUCACCUUCACAGUCAUUUUAGCUGUGUGGUUUUGGAAAAGUCAACAGUUUAUUUCUGCACUGCAACAAACAAAAGUUUAAAAAAAACUUUAUAAUUGAGGGGUAACACAAUAUCCAAAAAUGACUGUGAUGAUGGUCUGUCAUUUGUGUACAGUCAGUCAUGAAUUUUCUUAUUUUGUCCAAACCCAUUACCUCUUCAUAUGUUCCAACUUGUCUGAAAUAAAAUUUGGUUUCAUCUGUU